AAAAUAAAUUUUCUAACCUUAAAGUAUUAAAAAGUAUUUAAAUUUCUAACUCUACAAGUUCCGAAAAUAUUUAUUUUUUAAACGCAUGCUCCAAGUUUUAUUUCGUGUACGUUUCAGUAGUCUCUGUGACGUUGUUUUAUCACGCAAUCAGCUGAUAUUCUUUAACAUGAAUAAAUUUUUCAUUAUAAAUGGAAAAGAAGCCACUGCUAAGGCAAUUGCAAGUGCAAUAUUUAUUUGAAAUUAUUUGGUAGUUUUUGUACAAACAAGUAAAUAGGAGUGUCUUUCAUGAUCAACUUAGUAAAGAACUUUGUUGGAAUAUUCCUCGUAGUUUAGUAGCUUUGAAGGCUUCUCUAGCUAAUAACUUUGAUAAAAUUAACCGAUUUAUUCUUUAUGAAAAUUUAUUCCAACUGAAUAUCUACUUUAAUCAGUGAAAAUGGGAAAUGCAGGAAGUAAUCAACCAGGUAAUCAUCAUCAUGGUAGUGCAAUAACUAAAGACACACAUCGCCAGAGCAAAGACCAUCCACCACCUUCACCAGGUAAAGAUGGACAGGUUUUUACUUUUGCACAAAAACCCAGCCAAAAGCUAGUCUUCCAAACUUCGAAUGAUGAAGAAGAACCAUACUUUCAAAAGGAUAAUAACCAAGGCUCUCAACGACCAAGGUCCAGCACUGUCUCGGAAGGUACAAAAAUGAAAGACAACAAGGUUCUUCCUACAGUGUUCAAGUGGGAAGGUGGUGGAAAACAAGUGUAUAUUGGUGGAUCAUUUUCAAAUUGGAAAAAAUUACCUAUGGUUAAUAGUCAUGGAGAUUUUGUAACCAUUAUUGAUUUACCUGAAGGUGAUCAUCAGUAUAAAUUUUAUGUCGAUGGAGAAUGGAAAUAUGAUCCUAGUUUACAAAUUGUCGAUAAUGUACAAGGUACAAAAAAUAAUAUGGUAUCUGUAAGAAAGUCUGACUUUGAAGUAUUUCAAGCAUUGGCAAAAGAUAGUGAAGGUGGAGCAAGCAGUGUUCAAUCUGAGUACUGUCAAGAAAUUCCAUCACAGAAACCUUGGGAUAAAGUAGCGGGACCUCCAAUACUUCCACCACAUCUACUCCAAGUCAUUCUUAACAAAGACACACCUUUAUCGUGUGAACCAACACUCCUACCUGAACCAAAUCAUGUUAUGUUAAAUCAUCUCUACGCUUUGAGCAUCAAGGAAAGUGUCAUGGUAUUAUCAGCCACUCAUCGUUAUCGUAAGAAAUAUGUAACAACAUUGCUGUAUAAACCAAUUUAAGUCUAAGUUAAUUGCCAUAUGCGUAAUCGACACACGACGUUUCUAUUACAUCGAUCUAAGUUGUAGAAAAUCACAAAUUUGAUUGGAAUGAAAUUAAUUUCUUAGA